AGCCAAAAACUCCUUUUGAUGAUGUGGAUGAUCCUCCCAUCAGCUUCACUGAUGGGAGCAGCUACGUCAUCAGUGGAAAACGACAUGCUGGGUAUGCAGUUACCACUUGCAAAAAGGUAGUAGAAUCUGGACCUUUGCUGACAGAUACCUCUGCACAAAAGGCCAAGAUAAUUGCUCUGACCCGUGCCUUAGAAAUAGCAAGAGGAAAGAAAAUAAACAUCUAUACAGAUUCAAGGUAUGCAUUUGGAGUCGUGCACGCACACGGAGCCAUCUGGAAAGAAAGACGACUGUUAAAUUUGCAAGGAAAAAAUAUCAAACAUGAGAAAGAGAUAAUGCACUUACUGGAAGCGGUCCAGCUACCUGAAAAGGUAGCAGUCAUGCGUAUUAAGGCACACCAGAAGGUGAGCUCAGAAUUGGAGGAAGGAAAUGAUCUGGCGGACAGAGAGGCAAAAGAAGCAGCAAAAGGUUUUGCUGCCACACUCCUUAGGAAUUCAUACGAUGUUAGAAGAGUUGAAAUCACUCCACUGGAGCAGAGGAGAGUGACUUUUGAUACUCAUGCCUUAGUGCAGGAUCUAGAAGCCCAUGGCUUUGCAAAAGAACAAGCAGAGACCAUUGUAUCGGCGCUAAUCACCCUGUCGAAUGUCAGUUUAGACACGGUCUAUAAGGAUAUGGUUACCCAGGCUCAGCAGGAAAUAACUUUACAGCAGAUAAUGGCACAUUUGGACUCCAUUCGAAAAGAUAUGGUUAUUCUGGAAAAAAGUGAAUUUGCAAACUUGAGAGCUGAGAAUGAGAAAAUGAAAAUUGAAUUAGAUCAAGUUAAACAGCAGUUAAUGAAUGAAACCGGUAAAAUCCGAGCUGACAGUAAGCUAGAUAUAAACCUGGAGAGGAGCAGAGUGACAGAUAUGUUUACAGAUCAAGAGAGGAAAUUGAUGGAAGCAUCUACAGAGUUUCAUAAAAAAGAUUCAAGUACCAACAGCGUUAUUUCAGAAAUCAGCAAUAAAAUUGACACUGAAAUAGCUUCCUUAAAAACACUGAUGGAAUCGAAUAAACUUGAUACGAUACGUUACUUGGCAGCUUCAGUAUUCACUUGCUUAGCAAUAGCACUGGGAUUUUACAGGUUCUGGAAGUAGAUCUAAAUGGAACGAGAGCAUCAAAUACAGAUGGAGAAAAGGCCACCCAAGCAACAUCAACUAGACAAUCACGUUUGAGCUUAGAUAACUUUGGUACCUUUUUGUUUUGAUAUUCUUACUGUGCACUAAAGUGUUUUCUGACUUUGUAACACUAAAGAUCAAAAUAAUUGAGUGGGGAGUAGGCAAAUAAUAGUAAUAUUUCAUUGUCCCCUAUUGAAUAAUGUAUUUAUUUCAAAAUACUUCUAUAUAAAAUCAGAAAGUGUUCCCUAAUGGGUUUUAGAAUCAAGUCUGUUGUCUUUUAGAACACUUCCAGUGCUCUCAGCUCCACUCAAACUGGAGAUACUAAACACCUGACAUGCCCAUGAAAAUAUGGGACUACUGUUUCCGAAUUAGUAUUACCAACACGGGGGAAUUCCAGCAGAUCUACGCUGACCAAGCAAAGUAAUCUGAAAUGUCGGAGCUGGAUGUUUGCCUGUAGUCUGUUCCUCUCUUUUCUGAUGGGUUGAAGCUUGGUCCUUUGGUUUUAUAUUUUCAUAAAUAAAUAGGAAUAUAUAUACAUAUACAUAUAUAUAUAUAUAUAUAUAUAAAAAACGCACUCCAAGGCCUUUACUAAAGAAUCCUUGUUCUUCUUGAAGAAUGGUUUACAUACAGUUAAAAUCUCAUGUGAAACCAAAAUGUCUCUACAGAUCUAGUUAUUUUUAAUAUCUUCCAAUUUCUGUAACCCUAGAGGCCAGCUCUCCAAUGGGAAAAUUUGUCUUCCUCUUUCUGAGGGGAAAUGCCUCUAUUCUCACCAACUGCAUACAGCCCUGGGACCGACAAGUGCUCUUAACUCCUCCAUUCAAGGAGUACUGAGUAUUUCCAAUAAACCUUUGUGUGUUUUCUGGGUAUAAGACCUGGCUUGUAACACAGAAACUCAACACCUCAGAUAGUGUUGUUGUGGCUCUUGUUGUCCUGCUCCCAUCUCCAUGCUGCUCCGGAGUGGACCGUAACGCUGUGAGGCAGGCUCGACCUUCAGGUGGUGAUGAUCCCUCCUCUGCUUUCUGCAAGGCCUUCGCAGCUCUAGUUGCAGAGGUGGGAUGUAAAGGUUGGAUGCCUUCCCAAACUGAAGCAGUCACGUCGUGAGUACAAAUGCCUAUGCUUGGGGAGAUUUCUUUUAAUAAUAA